AUGGGCAAUGCCGAAUCAAAAUCGCACCACUUCGACGAUCUGCCGGAGACGAGUUCAUUCCGGAUAGUCAAACUCAUGCCCGGCAAACGCAGAGACCCGAUGUUCUGCGAGACGGAAAUCGCAGACUUGCACGGCCCUCCUAAAUUCGAAGCCAUUUCUUACAUCUGGGACGACUCGACCGCGAAGAUAACUGUUACUUGUGACAAGGUAAAACUUAAGAUCAGUGCAAACCUUCAGAGAGCACUGGUCCAUCUCCGGUUGGAAGACGAACCGCGGUAUUUAUGGGCUCAUGAACUAUGUGUCGACCGAAAAAACACCGCCGAACGAAGCCAUCAAGCCCGUCUCGUGCACGCCAUUUACAGAGCAUCCCAGAAAACACUUAUUUGGAUUGGAUCGGACACCGCUGGACAUCUGGCUGAGAUUGCCGUUAAAUCGAUCAUUCAAAUCUCAGAUUUCCUCUGCCGCUCUCUUCAACGUUACCUCCCGGAAAUCAGCGUGACUAGCAAUGUCUACCGAGAUAUCAUAUACGAAAACCGCAAGAAACUUCCCUCUCCCAACAAAUGCGAAUUCAGCACCGAGACAAUAUGGCAUUCCUUGAUUUGGUUCUACUCGCACGCAUACUUUACGGGCGUAUCCAUUUUCGAAGAAAUAAACGCGAACAAACGUCGAUCAGUCCAAUGCGGUCAUGAAACUGUGGAAUGGGAACGGGUAGAGCUGGUUGCGGGCUAUAUGAUUUUGGAUGGAGCAUUUUCCAAACGUUUUGGAUUUGAUAAGACACACUGCUGGUGGGCAACGAUAUUGACGACCGGACAAAUUCGGCAGCCGAGGAACUGGCUCACGACGCUGUAUCUCGCAUCGAAUUUUAAAAGCGCGGAUCCUCGAGACAAGGUAUACGGUCUACGCGGUCUGCUGAAACACUCUAUCGUGACGCCUGUGCUGGAACCUGACUACAGCAAACCAUUACGAGAUGUCUACCGGGACGCCGUCGAAGCAUCAUUCCUUAAAUUUCACAACCUCGAUGCUCUGCUAUACGUCGCAGCAAACGAGAGUCCAUCGUGGAUUCCUCAUUGGGAUAAACCGAUGCUAUUCCGAAAUCCGUUCAGGUUUAGCAGCCCCGUACCAUGGAGGCCAGCCGGAGAUAGAGAGCCGGCAUGGAUUAUCGACCCAGCCACCAAUAUCCUGACCGUCUCUGGCUCUAUAUACCGCUCGAUUAAAUCCGUCGAGCCGUAUAACCAGGCCUUCUUUGGUAAGGUGAUGAUCGAGUCUCCGGAUGGACGCCACACCUUGAAACGAAAAUGGGAAACCAUUUUGCAAACCGCGAGAGCUAGUCAACCGGCGGGAGAGCCGCUGAAGCGCGAACUUGUUGCUGCCCUCGCCAUGAGUUUCUUGUUCAGCCUUGACGAGAACAACCACGUCGCCGAUGUCAACAAAGCAACGCGGACUUUCGUUGCCUAUCUCAUGAAGAUAAUCGACGAUGAGAUACUGAAUAACUACAUACCGCGUGAGUUACAAGAAGAAUCCGCACAGGCAGACGGUCACACGUUUGGAAAGCCCAUCUGGGAUUUCGAGUAUCCCGACUCUAGUUUCUUCGUUACUGAAGAUGGCCACGUUGGGUGUUGCAUAACGUCGACUGUGCCGGGUGAUAUCGUUGUCAUUGUGCCUGGAUGCACAUAUCCACUGGUCCUGCGACCCGAGGGCCAAUACUAUCACAUCAGGGGCUAUGCAUAUGUACAUGGAAUAAUGAUGGGGGAGAUUCAUUACUUGAAGCGGCAGGAUUUGAUGAUUCGUUGA